GGGACAUGCAGGCGGAGGCGGCGGGCCGAGCCGCAGGUGGGUACCCAGUGGAUAUUCUGGAGGAUGACCCAGAAGCGUUUCGAGAAUCCGCCCUGGCUUACCUGGAGGCUCUCAGGGAGGGUUCCCGGCCCCCCGAGGAGGUGGUGUCUCUCCCCACUGGGGAACAGGUUCAUCCGGAGUUGGCGUCCGUACGCUUCUGCCCGCUGCACCGGGACCAACCCCAAGACACCGUGCUGGUCCUGGUGACCCCUCGGGACACAAAGACAGUGGUGGCUGUUUACAUCAAGGAGCGUUGGUGGCCCAUGGAAGAGACGCUCCGAACCUCCAGCCCCACGAGAGAAGGUCUGAUAGAGGUUCAGUCAUUCGGAGAAAGGCUUGUGCUGUUCCUCCUCAACGUCGUGGUGUUUGGGAGACUGGAGCGGAAUUGGGACGACAACGACCACGACAUGUUUUUCCUGCCUCAUGCGGGGAAUGAGCAGGCGAAGAUCCUGUGGCGGGACGGGGCCGCGGUGGGAUUUUAUACCCUAAAAAGAAGAGGCAGCCUGUGUGGGGCUGGCACGGGCGCCUGCUACCUGCUGCCUGUCUUUGACACCGUGUUCGUCAGGACGACGCACCGGCGCCAGGGCCUGGCCCUGGCCAUGCUCCGGGACUUCUGUGCAACCUUCCCGGAGGACGAAGCCCUGGGGAUCAGCUGCCCGAUUUCUCCUGCCAUGCUGCGAGUCUGCAGGAAGUUCCUGCUGGCCCAGCCGGAGGAGCAGGGGCGCCUGUGGGCGGUGGAGCCCCCUGGAGACUGGGGCCAGCGAGAGAACAUCUGGUUGAAGAUCCAGCUCAGCUGCGCAGGAGGUCCAGGCCAGGCAGCUCGCCCCAGAGACACCCAGGAGGAGGGGACACCUCAAGGGCGAGGGCCUGGACGGUGCCACCGUGGACAAGGCUUCAAGGGGACGACCCGCAGAAACGCCCUGGACCAGGCCAGGCACGCAGCCGACUCGAGGGGCACAGAGGCAGCGGGCGGCCUGCUGGAGGGGGAGGAGGGCCGGCGGCCGCCCCGCUCCUGA